CGGCCACCAAAAUGGUUUGAGAAGAAGAAUGAACAGGGUCCCACGUACGAUAGUGCACCCACCGCUCGGCAUUUAUGUGCUCCAUGGUCUUCACGUUCCCCUCUCCCCUCCAUCUACUGGCGUCAAGUAUAUACUUCACUAAUGAAGACAUAAAUAAAGAAAAUUGCCUCGCCAUUCGCAGAACAGCCCCACAUCCUUCAUCUCCUGAUCCCCUCCAUCACUUGCUUGAUUCCUGGAGAAAAAGGGAAAGCUCUGCCGAUGCUAGGUCUCUGUAUGGAGGCAAGCAUCUGAAUCUCUUUGAUUUCUUAAUCAUAGAAAAAGCUGUCAUCAUGGGCAGGUAGAGAGUGGUUAAGUUUGAGAGAGAGGUAAGAGGUGGUGGCGGGUUCGCUUGGAUCCCCCGAAGCCACCGCAUCGCACCAUGGCGGCAUUCGCAGCGCUUGCUGUUCUUGUCGUUCUUUGCGGCUCGCUGGCGGUUGUGGUGGAGUCGGCCACCGAUCCCUCUGAUGUUCAAGCUCUUGGUGUCUUGUAUAGCUCCUUAAAUAGCCCUCCGCAACUGUCCGGGUGGACAUCGAGUGGUGGUGAUCCCUGUAGAGAUUCUUGGAAGGGGAUAACUUGUUCUGGUUCAGCUGUCACUGCCAUCCAGGUUUCUGGGAUGGGGCUCAAUGGUACUCUGGGUUACCUCCUUUCCGAUCUCUUGUCUUUGAAAACAUUGGAUAUCAGCAACAACAACUUGCGUGAAGGCAUUCCAUAUCAAUUGCCACCGAACCUUACCUAUCUGAAUCUUGCAAAAGCCAAUCUUUCUGGGAGCCUUCCUUUCUCUAUUUCUACUAUGGUUUCUCUUAAUUACUUCAAUCUCAGCCACAACUCACUAUCCCAACAAAUUGGGGACAUCUUUGCGAAUCUUCAAGACCUUUCUGAGUUGGAUAUAUCAUUCAAUAACUUGACAGGUGAUCUUCCAAAUUCUCUGAGCUCCUUGUCAAACCUUUCUAGUCUUUAUUUGCAGGACAACCAAUUAACUGGCCCGGUGAAUCUUCUUGCUAGCCUAGAUUUGACUACUCUGAAUAUUGCAAACAACAAUUUCAGUGGUUGGAUACCACAGGAAUUCAGUUCAAUUCCAAAUCUUAUUAUUGGAGGUAACUCAUUUGCUAAUGGUCCUGCUCCACCACCACCACCGUAUGUGCCACCUCCUCCUAGUAGACCUCACAAAAAUCGUAAUCAUACUGAGGCACCUACAGAUACACCAGACAGUCCCGAGAGCAAACCAUUCCAUCCAGAUAAUAAGAAUAAGAAGAAGAGUUUGACAGCAGGUUCAAUCAUAGGGAUAACUAUCAGCUCAGCAUUUGGUGCUUUAUGUGUAAUACUAGCUGUUAUUUUUUGCCUUUGGAAUGUUCAGAAGGAAAAGGAUGAUACCAGAACGAAUGCAAGCCAUUCAAGGUCUGUCUCCAUUGGCGCAGAUAGAGCAACUGACAAGGAGAUGCGAGAGCAGAGGCUUGAAAGUGCCUCAGUGACAAGUCUGAAACCCCCACCAGUUGAGAAAAUGAUGGUUGAAAAGGUAUAUGGGAAAAAUGGAUCUGGAAAAAAACCAAAAGUCCCCAUAACUGCAACUUCCUACACCGUUGCUUCUCUCCAAAUUGCAACGAACAGCUUUAGUCAGGAUUCGCUUCUUGGUGAAGGUUCCCUUGGUCGAGUUUACAGGGCAGAAUUUUCUAAUGGAAAGGUUUUGGCUGUUAAGAAGAUCGACAGUGCAGCACUGUCCUUGCAAGAGGAAGAUAAUUAUCUUGAGGCUGUUUCAAGUAUGUCACGACUGAAGCACCCAAACAUUGUCACACUUGUAGGCUACUGUGUUGAACAUGGGCAACGGCUUUUGGUUUAUGAGUACAUUGGAAAUGCAACACUGCAUGAUAUGUUGCACUUUGCUGAUGAUAGCAGCACGAAGGUGACCUGGAAUGCACGUGUCAGAAUAGCACUUGGCACAGCUAGGGCUCUAGAGUAUCUACAUGAAGUUUGCUUGCCUUCUGUUGUACAUAGAAACUUCAAGUCAGCAAAUAUCCUUCUCGAUGAAGAGCUGAAUCCUCACCUAUCAGACUGUGGACUGGCUGCAUUGACACCCAAUACCGAAAGACAGGUUUCAACUGAGGUGGUUGGUUCAUUUGGGUAUAGUGCUCCUGAAUUUGCAAUGUCGGGAAUCUAUACUGUGAAGAGCGAUGUGUAUAGCUUUGGUGUAGUGAUGUUAGAGCUAUUGACAGGUCGGAAGCCACUGGACAGUUCCAGAGAAAGAUCAGAACAGUCUCUAGUCAGAUGGGCUACUCCACAACUUCAUGAUAUUGAUGCAUUGGCAAAAAUGGUUGAUCCAGCAUUAAAUGGAAUGUAUCCUGCAAAGUCUCUUUCUCGUUUUGCUGACAUCAUUGCUCUAUGUGUUCAGCCGGAGCCAGAGUUCCGCCCUCCCAUGUCUGAAGUUGUCCAACAACUGGUUCGGUUGAUGCAAAGGGCAAGCAUAGUAAGAAGGAGCUCUGGAGAUGAGCUUGGAUAUUCCUAUAGGAUUUCAGAGCAUGAAGCAAGUACGACGGACAUGUCUUUCUAGAUUGAUACUCUUGCUGCCAGUAUGCAGUUCUCCGAGCACCUGCACAGGCCAAGGGAGUAUUCAAACAGAAUCCAGUAUUCCAAUUGCAUUCUGGCACAGCAGAUCCUGCGCCUAUGAAAUCCAAUGGUUGCAAGCUUGUCAGGGCAAUGGAAGAGUAAUCAAGUUUAAGUUUCAUUUUGUAUGCCAAAAUGUCUUCCCUGUUACCCUUAGUUUUCUAUACUCGCUAGAUCUAGCUGGGUCUAUAUGCCUGCCUUGUACAUGUGUUGUAGCAAAAUAAUUUUUUGAGUGAAAAAAAAAGAGAGAAGAAACGAGCAUCCAAGGUUUAUGUUCCUUUGCAUUUCCUUUUUCCUUUUUUAAACUUUUUUGUUUUAUGGCGGAAUGCAUGUGACAUUCAA